GGCUCUGUGCAAAAUCCCGUGGGCGCCCCCCAAUCCGCGACGCGCCCGAGCCCCCGCGCCCUUUCCUCGUCACGCUCUCCUCGCCGCCCCAGCCCCCACUAUGAUAUUUCCGUGUCCAUCGGUAUAAUACGAUCGAUCGAUAGGAGAAAUCCUCUGCGCUCUCUCUCUGUCUAUCGCUCGCCCUCUCGCGCGAAGGCCCCGACGGCCGUCGGGUGAAGCGGCCGCAGGGAUCCGCCGCGAGAUCUCGUCGGAGGGCCGGCGGCGCUGCCAUGUCGAAGGCUCGGGUCUACGCCGACGUCAACGUCCACCGCCCUAAGGAUUACUGGGACUACGAGUCCCUCACCGUCCAAUGGGGUGAUCAGGAAGAUUACGAGGUUGUCAGGAAAGUUGGGAGAGGAAAGUACAGCGAGGUCUUUGAAGGUAUAAAUGUAUCCAACAAUGAACGGUGCAUCAUCAAGAUCCUUAAGCCUGUUAAGAAGAAGAAGAUAAAGAGGGAGAUUAAAAUACUUCAGAACCUCUGUGGUGGUCCAAAUAUUGUCAAGCUUCUUGAUAUUGUCAGGGAUCAGCAUUCGAAAACUCCUAGCUUAAUAUUUGAAUAUGUGAACAGUACAGAUUUCAAAAUCUUAUAUCCCACGCUAACAGAUUAUGACAUACGCUACUACAUAUAUGAGCUUCUCAAGGCAUUAGAUUACUGUCAUUCCCAAGGAAUAAUGCACCGGGAUGUCAAGCCUCACAAUGUUAUGAUCGAUCAUGAACUCCGAAAACUCCGCUUAAUAGACUGGGGACUCGCUGAAUUCUACCAUCCUGGAAAGGAGUACAAUGUUCGUGUGGCUUCAAGAUAUUUCAAGGGGCCUGAACUCCUUGUGGACUUGCAAGAUUAUGACUACUCCCUGGACAUGUGGAGUCUUGGUUGCAUGUUUGCUGGAAUGAUAUUUCGCAAGGAACCCUUCUUCUAUGGCCAUGAUAAUCAUGAUCAGCUUGUUAAAAUUGCCAAGGUACUUGGUACAGAUGAACUACAUGCUUAUUUAAAUAAGUAUCGUUUGGAGCUUGAUCCUCAGCUUGAAGCUCUUGUUGGAAGGCACAGCAGGAAACCUUGGUCUAAGUUUAUCAACGUAGACAAUCAGCAUCUUGUUUCUCCAGAGGCAAUAGAUUUUCUUGAUAAGCUUCUUCGCUAUGAUCACCAGGAUAGGCUUACAGCACGAGAGGCAAUGGCACAUCCUUAUUUUUUUCAAGUGAGAGCUGCAGAGAACAGCAGGAUGCGCACUCAGUAGUGGAGAUUCAGGUGAUCUUGGUGGCUAUACUCUUCAGAAUGGAUGUUGUCAUUGAUUUGGGGCACUUAUAUUUGUAUCAACAAGUCUUGCUGUAGUCGCGACCGGUUGCCUGAGAUAUUUGCAGUUUCUCUAACCGUUUGAUCUGUGUUUGUUACUCUUUGUAAUUUAUGAAUAUGAAUGCAUGUAUUAACUCCUACCUUUUAUCAGGAGAGGGGAAAAACACCUGCAUUUUCCUACAUGAGCCAUUUAUACUUGGAAAAAAAAGUUUUGCAGUAUUUGUAUC